AUGUCUUCCAACGUCGGUCUCUCCACUCCCAGAGGAAGUGGCACAUCCGGCUACGUGCAACGGAACUAUGCAUUCGUGAAACCGCGCAACGCAGGGUACGGGGCACCAUAUCCGCCGGUAUCGAGCUCAGCUGGCGAACUAGGCCGACCAUUCAAGCAGCGACAGCCGGAUAAGCAGAUCCUGGAGCACGAUCGACGACGCGUGAUUGAAGUGAAGGUGAUGGAGGAGCGGGAAAGAUUAGAAGAUGAGAACGAACGGAUAGAAGUGGAGCAGCAGGGAAAUGGAAAGAAGGAGGCAGAGAAGGACGGAGACGGACACAGGGAAGAGAAGAAAAUCCUAUCAGAGGAGGAGAUCGACGAGCGAUGUGAGGCGCUACGGGAGAAACUGUUGUUGGAGAUGGAGGAGGCUGACGACGAGGCGAGGAAUGGUCAACAGGGUAAUCAUGAUUAUUCAGGUUCGGAGGAGGAUGCUGGUCGUGGUAAGAAAGGAGGAGUACGAUUAGGUGGUCGGGAUUUUUUGCCGCCCAAGGAGCGAAGACAGUUCAAGUCGUAUCAGGUUCAUGAGCAGGCAGAAGCGAAGAUCGAGGAGAGUGAACGGCUUCGGAAGGCGUUGGGCAUUAAAGAGGAUAAGGAGACGGGGGAAUUAUCUAGUGGACGAGGGUAUUCGGACGGGAGGAGACGGGAUUGGACUCGUGAGCGGUAUUAA